AUGGCAAACACGAAGGACGCCGCGCGGCACAACGCCACCCUCGUGGAACAAAAGGGGCGGCAGCAGCAGGUCAUCGACGACCUCUCCUCCUCGUUCAAACGUAUAAACCUAGAACACUUGAGCAGAGGCUCCAAUUACGACGUCAAGGGCUACUCCAGCUACAGCCACCGCCAUGCGCCGGGGAGCGCCCGCAACGAGUACCACAAGCUUUCCCACAUGGAUCGCUAUGGCAAGAACUACGUCAUCAGAGACAAGUACACACACGGGUACGGGGGAAUGGCUCCGCCACCCAAAUUCUUGUCUGCCAACAUCGACUCCGAGCGACUCAAGGCACUGGACUUCGACUCGUCUUCCAAAACGGACUCGAUCAACUCCCUCUGCUCGGACAUCAACACGCUCUCGAGCCAGCGUGGAGGCAUCGAUUCGGGCAUCGACGACUUCACCGACAGCAGCGAGGGGGGCAACACCGACGCCUUCGACUGCACCCUCAGCGAGAGCGAGGACGGGGACGCAUAUGUGGUCGGCGGAUACCACCCCGUCAAAAUCGGCGAGGUUUACGACGGACGAUAUCGCAUCGAAGGCAAGCUGGGCUGGGGAUACUUCUCAACGGUGUGGCUGGCGACUGACAUGCGCAGCAAACCCAUGACCUUCGUGGCCAUCAAAUUCCAGCGCAGCGCCCAGAACCACACGGAGGCGGUGCGAGACGAAAUGUCGCUCCUCAAAAAGGUCCGUGACCAGGUCAUCUCCCGUUCGUGGAUACGGACAAAGCGGUCGUACCGCCAGGCGUUGGGGAACAUGUACAACCCGACGCGGGGUGUCGUCUCCUUCCUGAACAGUUUCAAGGUGAAGGGGCCGAACGGCACCCACAUGUGUGUUGUUCUGGAGCCAAUGGGGCCCAAUCUGCUAUCCCUGAUCAAGUUGUACAAGUUCAAGGGUGUGCCCAUGCACCUGAUACGCAAGAUCACGGCCCACGUGUUGCUGGGGUUGGACUACCUGCACCGCGUGUGUGGAAUCAUACACACCGAUCUGAAGCCGGAGAACAUCUUGGUCACUUCCAAGCUCAUGGGACGCACGCCCGUGGAAAACCCAGACCUGGAUGAUCCCCUGCGUAACCCGGAUAUUCGGCCCCAAAAGCUGGACAUACCCUACGUGAAGCACCUCAUCAGGCCGAGUUGCAGUGACCCCAGCUGCACCACCAGCUACGACACGCCGCACGCCCUGCAGGAGGCGGUUUUCCGCAAGCCUUACGACCACAUACCGUUCAAGAUCACGCAGCCGCUCCGCAACUCGCAGGCGAAGGCCGCAGAGAUGGCCAUGUACCACCCGUGGGUCGCAGAGUACGUGGGAUACAAGCCGACCGUCGCGGGCCUGCGCAAGCGCCCAGUCGUCGUCAAGACGCAGCAGGGACCCAUGCAGUUGAAGCCCGUCGACGUAUCGUUCUACGACAACCCGAGCGCCAUCUACAAGAUAUGCGAUCUCGGAAACGCGUGCUGGAUCAGCCACCAUUUCACCAACGAAAUACAGACGCGGCAGUACCGCUCACCAGAGGCCAUCCUGCAGGUGGGAUACGACCAGUCGGCUGACAUAUGGUCGCUGGCGUGCAUCGUAUUCGAGACGGUCACGGGCGAUUACCUCUUCGACCCGCACGGCAGCACCAGCCACGACCGCGACAUCAACCACCUGCAGCUCAUAGUGGAGCUCCUCGGGCCGAUACCGCGAUGGAUGCUGAAGUCGAGCACGAGGUUCCGUCAAUAUGAACGCGAGAUCAACGACGUCAAGCCGUGGCCGCUGGAGAGCGUGCUCAUGAUCAAGUACAAGAUGAGUCCACUCGAGGCACAUGAACUCUCGCAGUUCUUGUUGUGCAUGCUGAAGACCAACCCCAAGGACAGGCUGCCCGCCGACACGCUCCUGCACAACCGGUGGUUGAACGGCAUGCCAUCACGCACGUCAACCGCUCGGUUGUAG